AUGGAGGCAGAUAAUGAAAAUUAUCAGAUUAAUGAUGUUGAAAGAGACGAUGAUGAAUUUGACCAGGGCAGUGAUCAUGUUAACUCUCAUAAAGGCUCUUCAGAUGUUGAACAUAGUGUUAAUGAUUACGAUUAUGAUUUUGAGCAAAGAAAUGCUAGCCAGUAUCUUGCAGCUUUGACAUGCACUAUAAAUGUGCUGCCUCGAAAAGGGUUUUUUAUGCAGACAUUGUGUCACAGUAAUCCAGUAUUUAAGCGAGUGUGUUUUGCCUCUGUUCAAGAUGACUGCUUGAAACUUUAUGAGGAAAUAAAAGAGAAUCUUAAACCAUUAUUGAGAAAUUUUGAUGGGCAUAUUAGCCUCUCAGUUGAUAUAUUGAGUUGUCGAAAGUUUUCUGAGUAUAUGUGCCUGAAAGCCCAUUUUAUUGAUGAAGAUUGGAAUUUGAUGAAUUGGGCUCUGAAAGACUGGGACAUUGGGAACAAGAUAGCCUAUAUUACAUUUCCAACUGGCUCAGUAGAUGACAAACAGAUUGAUGAGGUCAAAGAUUAUGUUCAAGAGACGAAGAAGCUUCAAUUUAAUGGUCAGCCAUUUCGUCUGUAUUGCUGUGCUGACAUUUUCAAACGUAUGGUGCAGGAUGCAUUUGAAGUGAUAUGGAGGACGAUUCACAUAAUUGAUAGACUAAUGUACUUUGGGAAACCAUCCAAUAGGUGGGAUUUUGUAUAUGACAGGCUAAAGAUGGCUUUAGAGAGUGAGGCUAAGGAAGAGUUCAAAGAAGAGGAUGACUGGGACAAGCCAUCUGCUGAUGAGUGGAAGAAAGUUGAAGGCAUUUGUAAACUCUUAGAGAGCUUAUAUAAUGCAGCAAAAGCUGUAUUCGAAACAAAAGAUUCAAUGGCUGGCAUCUAUCUUCAGAAUCUACAAGAGGUACGGGCAACUUUGACGAAGGAGACUAAUUCUUCAGACAGUUUUAUUAGAGAUGUGGCUGCUGAAAUGCAUGAGAGGAUUGAGAAGUAUUGGAAGAAAAUGUUCUUAGUGUUGGCAAUUGCUACAGUGAUGGAUCCUCGGUAUAAGAUAUCUUACUUUGAGUUCUCAUCCUCAAAAUAUGGUGGUAAUGAUAGCAAGGCUGAAGUUUCUACCGUGCUUAUCGCUGUUCGCAGUCUCUAUGAUGAUUAUAAUACCCGAUUUCCCAUUAAUGAGAAUCCUGUGAGCAAUUCUACUUCUUCUGAUUCAGAAAGUGAGACUCCCAGGCCAGUUAAGCAAAGGUCCCUUAGUUCUGAUGCUUCUAAUCGGUUAAAAGAUUACAAGCAAUUCAUUGAAUCUACUAAUCAACCUCUGAAGUCAGAGUUAGAUUUGUAUUUGGAAGAACCUGUCUUGCCAUGGACCCAGGAUUUUAAUAUAUUGAGUUGGUGGAGAGCUGCAAGCCCAAGGUAUCCUGUCCAUUCCAGGAUUGCUCGUGAUUAUUUGUCAGUUCCUGUGUCUGUUGUUACUUCCCUAGAUGAAUUAUUUACCAUGGAAAGAGGAAUCAGUCGACGACGUUAUGCUUCCUUAAAACCAGACUUGAUAAAUGCCAUAAUGUGUACUCAGAGUUGGUUCCCUGCUGAAGUCAAAUCAUUGACUGAAUCUUCUCUGGGGUUGGGGGAUAUGCUGGAAGACAUGGAAUUGGUAGAUGAUUUAAUUUAG